CGGAACAAAGUGAGGACGUGUUUGCACAGAGAGCUGCUUUUUCAUUCAGAGAAUAAAGUAGUACCAACGUUUGGAUCGAUAUCUGCAUCGAUCUGCCCACCCUUGUCUCCUGGAUCGUAGCUGAGAUCAGCGUGAACCACGUGGGUCUCUGCUCCCUGAUCUGUUUCCUGUGUUUGGAAAGAGUUCCAGCUUCAUCACGGAGUUUCUCUCGGUUUGUGGGCUCAUCUAAAGCUGAUCAGCAGGAGGAGAAGAGUCUGACGGAGCAGCAGAGGAACAUUUUCAGCCAUCUGGACUCAGCUGAGUCACUACAGAGGAAACAAUGAGCUCAACACAGAAGGACCAACAUGGAGCGAGAAGUCAGCGCUCUCAGGAGGCCGACAAACCUCACAGAAGAAAGGGAGAGAAAACAUACACCUGUGACGAGUGUGGGAAGGAUUUUAGGCACAAUGGAAGCUUAAAAAGACACCAGCUCAUUCACAGUGGAGUUAAAGCGCAUACUUGUGAUAAGUGUGGGAAGAAUUUUGCUUUGAAGGAUAAACUAAAACAGCAUCAGGUCAUCCACACUGGAGUUAAAGCGUACAGCUGUGACUUGUGUGGAAAGUCUUUUUCCUGGGAGAAUGGCCUAAAAAAACACCAGGUCAUCCACAGUGGAGUUAAAGCAUACAGUUGUGAUCAGUGUGGCAGAGCUUUUACUCAGAGUAGCAGCUUACAGAGGCAUCUGGUUACCCACUCUGGAAUUAAGGCAUACAGCUGUGACAUUUGUGGAAAAACCUUCAGCCACGUAGGGAGCAGAAAUUUACACCUACGCAUUCACACCAGACAUGAUGUGUACUGCUGUGAUCAGUGUGGCAAACACUUUGCUAAACACACAGACUUACAACGCCACAUGUUUACCCACACUGAGGAGAGACCUUAUAAAUGUGACCUGUGUGAGAAGACUUUUAAAUCUCCACAUCACCUGAGACUACACCAACACAUCCACACCAGAAAGAGACUCUACAGGUGCAGUUACUGUGAGAAGCAGAGCGACACAGAUGGAUCCAGUUCUCAACCCUGUCAUCACUGUGGGAAAGAGUUUUGUUGUGACCUUUGUGGAAAAACUUUCAGUCGACGAUACGCCCUAAAAAGACAUCAACGUAGACACACUGGAGACAAACUGAAAUACUGCAAAGAAUGUGGGAGAAGCUUCCCUACAUCACAUCACUUAAAAGAACAUGAACUCAUUCACAGUGGGGUUAAAAAUCACCUCUGUGAUCAGUGUGGGUCAUCCUUCAUUACUGCAGGUCAGCUUAAUAAACAUAAACGAGUCCACACAAGAGAGAAACCAUACAAGUGCAGACACUGUGACAAAAGUUUUACACAUUCAGGUAAUCGUAACAAUCAUGAACGUACACACAUGGAAGGAAACUACAGCUGUGACCAGUGUGACAAGAGCUUCAGGAAUUUCAGAUUAUACUCCGAACACAAGCGAUCCCACAUUACUAAUAAACUGUUUCACUGUUACCAAUGUGCCAAAACAUUCAAUUCAUUAUCUGCUCUGUGCAAACAUCAGCGUGAUCACUCAGGGCUGAAAUCACUCCCAUCACUGGAUCACAGUGAAUCUGAAGAGACAGAAAGAUCCUCUUCUGGUUUGAGGGUCAGACUUAAAACCCCUGAGAUCAGGCUCCACAGAGUUCAGAUGUAAAAAUCUGAUGAGACAGCUGUGAACAAAAAUGUUCCUCGAGUAACAUUUUAACCCUCAGGGGUCAACGGCAUGUCAAAAUCACAUGACCAAUUUAAAAGCAAGAAGAUGCAGUAGCUCAAUCUCCAUUUCAACUUGAGUCGAAGGUGUGGACUUCAAACUAUAUACCAGUUUUCAG